AUGAAGUUUGCUAAAACAUUAGAAAGAACACUAGCUGAAGAUAUUCCCUCAGAAUGGGUAGAAACAGCCAUUCAAUACAAGGCAUUAAAAAAGACAAUUAACAAAGUAGUAACAGAAUUGGAAUUUCUAGGCUUAGAGCAAGAUACUUUGAAAUUAUUGAUUAAUGAACAUUUAAAUUCUGAUAUUAGUGAUUCUCCGCCUAUUAUUGCUGAAUAUAAACUUACUAAAACAGAGCAAGAUAAUCAUAUAAUUAAACCAGUUUUGAAAAUAACUUUAGAUUAUUCAAAUAAGAAUUAUUCAGAUGAUCAUAUUUAUAAAAUUGGAAUCGAAUUAAAGAGAAAAAUUGAACUUUUAUUGAAUGAUGAAGAUUCAAAUUCUGAUGACGAUAAAAUCAUUGAAUUGAAGGAUGACGGGGGCGAGUUAAAAGUAGUCCAAAGUAGAGAAAAUUCAUUAUCUCCACCAACUUCCCCUACUUUAAAACCAGAGGAAAAUAAUCUAGAUGGAUUAGUUUCAAAUAGUCUAGAUUCACAACAUGAGGUGUAUAUAAUUUUAAAUUCAGAUGCUAAAUUUUUUGACAUGUUGAAUGAUGAAUUAAAUGAUUUAGAUUUAUUAAGAGAACAAGAAGAAGAUAAAAUAAUUGAGAAAGUACAAGAUAUAGCCCAAUUGAUAAGAAAUGCAAAGAGAAAACAAACUGAAUUAUACAAAUGGAGACAGUUAUUCAAGAUAUAUUUGGAUUCAGAAGUUUAUUUCAAGUAUAAUGAGAUAUUUCCAUCCUCACAAAGGAACUCAGAACAGAUAAAGAAGAACCUAGAUGAGUUUUUAUCCAACGUAGAUAAAUCGGGAGUAAUGACACAACUUAAAAAGAAGAAUAGUUUGACUACGUUUAAUCAAUUCACGGAGAUGAAUUUCCACUUAUUGAAAAUACUUCAAUUUCAAACAAUUAACAAUGAAGCACUAAGGAAGAUUCUCAAAAAGUUUGAUAAACAAACAUCACUUAAUAUAAAAAAUACAUUUCCAAAAUUAGUCACCAAUGAUCAUGUAUUCAUGAGUGGUUCAUCAGUUGCGCAAUCCAUAUGUUUCAUAAUCCAAGAGAGUAUAAUACAAUUAAUACCCCAAAUUGAUGAUUAUUCAUGUCCUAUUUGUACAAACAUUGCCUAUAAACCAAUUAGAUUAAAUUGUGGUCAUUUAUUUUGUGUUAGAUGUUUAGUUAAAUUAAAACAACAAGAUAAGACAAAUUGUCCAAUGUGUAGAAAACCAGAUGCUGUUGCAAAUGCAGAUUCUCGAAAUUUAGAUUUGGAUACAAUGGAAUUAAUGAAACGAUAUUUCCCAAUUGAAGUUAAAGCAAAAUUGAAAGAAAGAGAUAAAGAAAAAUUCACAGAAUUGAAACAAAAUGCAAAGGGUAAACAUGGUGAAAAGUGUAUUGUUAUGUAG